ACUCGUUUUCAGCUUCUGUUUGCGAGAAGCCAAGAGCUUCGGAAAAUAAGGCUGAAAAUACAUUUGAAGGCGUGUAAAGAAUACAUUUUCUGCAAUAUUACUACGCAGGGAAAGUAUCUUACGCCAGGAUUUCAUGUAAGGAGGCCGUGUCUUGAAGUAAGGGGUUCUUAGAAGGACUAAACACUCCUUGAAAUUUACUACAUUUCAAACAGGUACGGUCUUCACGGCAGACUGCCUUUCUCUGUUUAGUUCUUUAGAAUACGUGCUUGCUGUUCGAUCUCAGCAAAGAUUCUGUAUUCAUCCGAGAUUCAAUGUUUGUUUGAAAAAGACAGCCAAAGCUUGGAAUUGAAAUCAGCUGUGUUUUGCUUUGCAUGAGCCAUUUUCACAUGGUGAUUUCUGACCGACUUUAAAAGCAAGCUUACUAAAAAUACUGAGUAGCUAGCUUGUUGGACUGCCUGUAUUUGCAAGAAAGUACUCGCAAUUUCUGGUCAUCACAACUGGACUUGAGCACUAAAACCUUACAUCUGAAUCAAGCAAGACUGUCUACUUUUGGGUGACCUGUUGUUGAACUUCGAACGAGGUGCGAAGACAGUCAUUUGUCCAGUUAUCCUUUCAAGACCUGUUGUUGUCGUCGUCUUGCACACUCCCAAUACUUCCCACUAUUUUCUGUGAUUUAAAAAGGUGUAGUAGUCGAAGCAAUGGAGGACGAAUUGAAGAAAGAAGAGCGUAUGUCGCUUCACUCUCACGAUUCAAUGGAUUUCAAUACCAAAGCAGAUUUUUCGGACAUUACCGUAGCCGACCUAAAGGAGCUCAUGAAAAAUCGAGGGGUGGAGGCGAAAGAAUAUUUGCUGUCCAUGGGCGGUUUACACUCACUCGUUCGUAAACUUCAUACCUCUGUCGAAAAGGGAAUAACUGGAUUCCCUGAAGAUAUCGAUCAUAGGAAAAGGACAUUUGGUUCGAAUGUUAUUCCUGCGAAACCCCCUAAGACCUUCCUAGAGUUCCUUGUCGAUGCAUUCAAAGACACUAUUCUUAUUAUUCUGAUGAUUGCUGCUGUUGUGUCUUUGCUGUUAGGAAUCUUUGCUCCUGAAGACUGUGGAGGCCACGAGGAUAAUACUGGUUGGAUCGAUGGCUUUGCAAUUAUUGUGGCAGUUUUCAUAGUAGCUUUUGUAACUGCUAUAAACGAUUACCAGAAGGAACAACAGUUUCGAGGACUGCAAAGUAAAAUAGAAGGGGAGCACAAAUUUACUGUCAUUAGAAAUGGAGAGCCCAAGGAAAUUCUUAACAGUGAGAUAGUAGUGGGAGAUUUAUGCCAAAUUAAGUAUGGAGAUCUACUUCCAGCUGAUGGUCUUGUCGUACAAAGCAAUGAUAUCAAGGUGGAUGAAAGUUCCCUCACUGGAGAGUCAGAUAUGGUCAAGAAAGGUGACAAGGAUCCACUCUUCCUAGCUGGUACUCACGUUAUGGAAGGAAGUGGAAAAAUGAUAGUAUCAGCUGUUGGACUCAACUCACAGUCAGGCAUAAUAUUCAGUUUGCUUGGUGCUGCGGAUGUUGAUAAAGCUGACGGUGGAGAAGAAGCUCCUCCACAGUCGCCAGGCAUCAAGGGGGCCAGUGGCAGUUGUGAUUUCGAAGAUGUCAAUUUAGAUGAUGAUAAAGAGUCAUCCUCAGAAAAUGGCAAAAGAAAAGAAGAAAAGCAGGAGAAAUCUGUAUUGCAGUCCAAGCUCACAAAAUUGGCAGUGACCAUUGGUUGGUUUGGAGUUGCAGCAGCUCUGUUGACUAUCUUGGUAAUGGUCCUCCAGUUUAGUAUACGCAAGUAUGCUAUGGAGAAAGCAAGUUGGAAUAAUAAGCAUUUAAAUGCCUAUGUAAAUGCAUUUAUUACUGGCCUAACUGUGUUGGUAGUGGCAGUCCCAGAGGGACUACCUCUAGCUGUUACUAUAUCUUUAGCCUAUUCAGUAAAGAAAAUGCUGGAUGACAACAAUUUGGUUAGACAUUUAGAUGCAUGUGAGACCAUGGGAAAUGCUACUGCAAUCUGUUCUGACAAAACUGGCACUCUUACUACCAAUCGUAUGACUGUAGUUCAAAUUUUCGUGGCUGACACUCAUUACAAGAGUAUUCCAAAGGGUAGUGAGUUACCAACAGAAGUGGUAGAAAUCCUGUGUAAAGGAAUAGCAUUGAACAGCAGCUAUGCAACUAAUAUAAUGCCUCCAGGACCAGAAUCACGGGAAACUUUACCAACACAGAUUGGAAACAAAACUGAAUGUGCUCUAUUGGGUCUUAUACUGGAUUUAGGAGACACCUAUCAGUACUACAGAGACAACUUUCCAGAAUCAAGCUUUGUCAAGGUGUUUACUUUUAACUCUGCACGAAAAUCCAUGUCAACUGUUAUAAAGCUAAAGGAUGGUGGAUACCGGUUGUUUUCCAAAGGAGCAUCAGAGAUGGUGCUAAAACAGUGCAGCCACAUAUUAGAUUCCAAAGGAACACCCACACCUUUUGGUCGACAAGAUCGUGAAAACUUGGCAAAAAAUGUAAUUGAGCCUAUGGCUAGUUAUGGGUUGAGAACCAUCUGUCUAGCUUACAGAGAUUUCCAUCCUGAGAAUGAUACAGACAUAGACUGGGAUGAUGAGGCUAAUAUUGUGACAAAUUUGACUUGUAUUGCCAUUGCUGGCAUUGAAGAUCCUGUCAGAGAUGAGGUACCAGAUGCCAUUCUUAAGUGCCAACAAGCAGGAAUAGUUGUUCGUAUGGUGACUGGUGAUAAUGUUAACACAGCCAGGUCUAUUGCCAGUAAAUGUGGUAUCCUUCAGGCUGACAAAGACUUCCUUGUUUUGGAUGGAAAACAAUUCAAUAUGCUAAUUAGAGAUAAGGCAGGAAGGGUGAAUCAGAAAAAGUUUGAUGAAGUUUGGCCCAAACUUCGGGUUCUAGCUCGUUCAUCUCCUCAAGAUAAGUACACUCUUGUCAAGGGAAUCAUUGAUAGCAAGCUCAACCCAGCCAGAGAAAUUGUUGCAGUAACCGGAGAUGGGACAAAUGAUGGCCCAGCAUUGAAAAAGGCAGACGUUGGUUUUGCAAUGGGUAUUGCUGGCACAGAUGUGGCAAAGGAAGCUUCAGACAUUAUACUAACAGAUGAUAAUUUCCGAAGUAUUGUGAUGGCUGUUAUGUGGGGCAGAAAUGUUUAUGACAGUAUUUCGAAGUUCCUUCAGUUCCAGCUUACUGUGAACUUGGUUGCAAUAACUAUUGCAUUUGUUGGUGCAUGUACUGUAGAGGUCAGUCCUUUAACAGGAACACAGCUACUCUGGGUUAACCUUAUUAUGGAUUCCUUUGCAUCGUUGGCCCUGGCAACAGAACCUCCAACAGAAGAUCUAUUAACAAGAAAGCCAUAUGGACGUAACAAGCCAUUGAUUUCACGUACGAUGAUCCGCAACAUACUAGGGCAUGCAAUCUAUCAGUUGAUAGUGCUGUUUGUCUUGAUAUUCAAAGGGGAUGACUUAUUUGAUAUCGAGUAUGGAUUUGAACCUACAACCAGGUGUAAACCCACCCCUCAUUCUGCUAUCAUCUUCAAUACCUUUGUAAUGAUGCAGCUCUUCAAUGAAAUCAACUCUCGUAUGGUGCAUGGAGAAAGAAACGUAUUCAAGGGGAUCUUUAGAAAUCCUAUAUUUGUUGGAAUAUUUGUUGGCACAUUUAUUGUCCAGAUUUUGCUGAUAGAGUUCACAGGAAAGGCUUUCCAUGUACAUGGUCUUACUUGGGAAGAAUGGAUGUGGACAGUUUUUCUUGGAUUCAGUUCCUUGAUAUGGGGACAGCUAGUUCUUACCAUCCCUAAGAACUCCUUUCCCAAGCUUUGUCGCUUUGGUAGGGGAGGGGUACCUUUGGCUACAAUCGUUGAACCUGAUGGAGCCAGGGACAGCCGUGCUAGGAUAUUAUGGAUUCGUGGUCUUACUCGACUUCAGCAUCAGAUACGUGUUGUGAACGCGUUCCGCAGCGUUAUCGAUGGCCGAAGUCAAAGAGCCAUUGCUUCACCAGCCGUAUUCAACUCUCUUCUUGCGCCUGUGCGCACAGCUAUGGUUAUUGAUGAAAAUCAGUAUUCAUUAGACAGGUCUGAUGGCAAUUCUCCUCGUUAUGCCAGCAUCGAAACAGCCUUUUAGAUCAUGUAUUAGUCAUAUAUAUACACAUAUAGUCGUACAUGGAAGAUAAUCAGUAAUAGGUGACGAUGUCAGUACUUGAGCAAAAUUUAUUAUUACUAUAUGGCAAUCACGGACUGCAAGUUGAUUGCCGUAGGGAAUUUGGAAACACAAAACAGGGCUUAUUAGAAUCUAUAUCAGUUGUGUCCAAAGAAAGAAAAAAUAAUUUGGUUUGGGAAAAUCAGACCUUUACAUUUUCAGUUAUGAUUUCGGUGCUUUUUAUGGUGUCUUUAUUUGUAAAGACGACAAAUUGGAUUAGCUAAACGUCAUUAACAUCUGUGCUCUGUCCCACUCGAUUGUUAUCAACGCAGAUAAAAAUUCGCAAAAUUGCAGAUCGACAGUUCUUGGCGGUAAUUCUGUUAUCGAUUCUGACAAGAUUAAUAUUUUCAUUUUGUAAAGAAAAGACUCAUGCCUUCAUAGCAGUCUACUGUUAUGACGGCCAAUAUUACGAGUAUUUGCCUGAAAAGUUUGUUCUUUUUUUAGAUAUGAUGUUUGUUCUCGUACUGACACGUUCACCCAAAUAAUCAUUCAUAACCAUUAACACGGUGCAGUAACACUAAUUCAACAAAUUAGUCGUAACAAAUCAGUUUUCCAUAUCCCAUAUUGGUAGUAAAUAAUUAACAUUCUUGUAAGAAGAGUAGGGGAGUUUAGAUGGGGCUGUAUUUUUGUUGGAAGUUUCUUUAAAUUGCAUACAAAUUCCAAAAAUGGUUUGAACAAUUCCAAGUACACGUUUUUUCGCCUGUUUUAGUGGUAAAUUGGUUAAUUUUUAAGUAUCAGUUUGCAAAUUUUCUGUUAGUAGCUAUGAAAUCAAUUGAACUCGGAGCAGUCAGAUCCUUCAGUGAACAUUAGAAACUAGUUUUCAUUGAAUUUCAUAAACGGUCUGAUUUUUGGACGCACAGUACGUAUUUUUUAUUUGCUAUUAGAACCAAAUAAAUUCAAAUGUACCGCAUUGGUGUAUAGUGUUCGAUAUGAUUGAGAAUCUCUCCUUUACCUAUCUCUUUUAAGCAGACCAAGAUCUAUUUCAUUUCAUCUACUAAUAUCUAACGCUAAAUAUUAACCCACUCUCGUUUAGUAUUCAAUUUGUUGGUACACCUUAGUAUCUAACAGUUUUUCUUCAUUUUUUUCUUCUUUCUUCAAUCACACGAAUAUGUCGAUGCAAUGCUAAUCCAACCUCUUUCCUACAUCAUGCUCUCCUCACUCAACUAUACCCUUAACUCUUUUGGGUGAACCAUUUGCUACAACUGUGUCAAUCUUUUUCUUUGUUUUCUAUCUGGUUCAGCUUUACUGAAGCUCUUCUUUUGACUAGGUAGUGUGACAAGGGUAUGAUGCCAUCCAAUCCCUGAAGACUCUUAUCAGAAAUCAUGUGUUAUUCACUGCUGUAACUAUCAGGAUCUUUGUGAUUUCUUGAUGAUGACGGCAUUGGAAUAUGAAAUAUGGCCAUGGCUUGGAUUAUAUGGAACCUUUUUCAUUAACUGAUAUUCUCAUUAACAUUACGUAACUAUGUACCAAUGUCACUAGUCUUCUUCUGGCUGUCCUUUUCUACUGCGGAUAAUACAUCAUACUAUGUGAUACAAGUAUCUAUUGGGCUACCUGUGGUAUUGCAUACACCUGCAUACAGAUCCAUAUGAUUAAUUCGGCUUGUCUAAAGGAAUUGUAAAUAUUCUAUUAUAAUCCGUAUACUCCGUAUUAGAUUUAUGAUCCAAUAAUUUAAUUUCGACUAUUGUUCAUAAAUUGUCAUUAGCAAGGUGAUUGUGACAUAUAUUAAAAAAAUGCUAAAUAAUAAUGUUCCCGCAAAGCUGCUGCGUUACUUGGUGCUCGGCUAGAUAAAUAAUUGAUCAAAUGUACUACUAAUAGUUGAUACAAAUUAUUUAUGAGUAUAUCUUAUUAAAUUGAGUUCACUUUGAGGACAAA